CUUUGUUCAAAGCUAACUGAGCCAUUAGAAUAAACCAUGAACGCAGCCUUACAACCUCUUGAAACUGAAAGAGAAUAAAACGAAUUACUGAUUCGAAAUGCGUACAAAAAACCCAAGCUAUCGUGAAGAACCAAAUCCAACAGAUGUAAUGGUAGAAGCACAAGAGACUCGUGGAGAUGAACCCGAAGAAACCGAGUCUAAUCCGCCGUCUAAUCGUCAGGAUUCAACGGAACCCGAGGAAGAAAUCGAAGCUAUGCAACCUCUAAAUAUAGAAAUGGCACUCAUGUCUGGAUUAAACUGUCGUGAAUAUCCACCUUUCAUGGAAGGAUUUGGGAGUUUAGAAUUUGCUGGGAAGUACUUUGGGGUUGGUGCAACAGUAACAUAUGCAAAAGUCAAAGCGAAGCUGCUGUCAAUGAAGGAACCUGGGACAGACCGCUUGAAGAUGGCUGUGCUAUUCUUCCUAUCUAGCAUAAUCAUAGGGAAGAAAAAAGGAGGGAAGCAAGCACCCUCUGUAGAACCUAUCUUUCUUAGAGUGGUGGAUGAUCUUGAGGAAUGUAAGACAUUCCCUUGGGGUCGCUUAGCGUUUGAUGAGAACAUGAAAGACAUCUUUCAUUUGAUGAACCACUUUGAUGGAGUUGUGGGGGCACCAUGGGUCUUUCCUAGUUUUGUAAUUCCUUUGGAGGAGAUUCAUAGUAUCUUGCCUCCAUCUUCUCGUGAGACACAUCUUCUAGGCCGUAUCAUGGAAACAGAUAAUGGAUGGAAUGAUGCGGAUUAUCCAAUAGCUGAUGGUUGGAGCAAGCGUUUAAUUGACCAAGAGAAGUCAAUAUUGUUUGAGGAUCUUUAUAACCAAGAUGUGGCUACCCGGGGAAUUGAGGUAGGUGAUGUGGAACUUGAUAAUGUGGAUCCGGAUGAUGUGGCUACGGAUGAUGUGGAACAUGAUAAUGUGGAUCCGGAUGAUAUGGAACAUGAUAAUGUGGAUCAAGAUGAUGUGACUCCAAAUAAUUUGGUUGAGCUAGGAGAUAUAUUUAUUCAACUAGAAGACCAGAUGAACAAAGGGUUUAAGGAAAUCAUGGAGAAGAUUGAUGGCUUGGAUGGCAAAGUAAAAUCUGUGGAAUCUUAUGUGAAUUGGGAAAGAGGUGCAGAACUUGGUUGUCCUACUUUUAAUGAAGUAACAGAGAAGGAGAAGGCAGAGAGGGAACAAGCUGAGAAGGAAAAAGCUGAGAAGGAGAAUGCAGAGAGGGAGAAUGCUGAGAAGGAGAAGGCAGACAAUGCUGAGAAGGAGAAGGCUGAGAAGGAGAUGGCUGAGAAGGAGAAGGCAGAGAAGGAGAAGGCAGAGAAGGAGAAGGUAGAGGCUGAGAAGGAAAAGGCAGAGAAGGAGAGGGUAGAGAAGGAGAAGGCUGAGAAGGAGAAGGCUGAGAAGGAGAAGGCUGAGAAGGAGUUGGCUGAGAAGGAGAUGGCUGAGAAGGAGAAGGCUGAGAAGGAGUUGGCUGAGAAGGAGAAGGCUGAGAAGGAGAGGGUAGAGAAGGAGAAGGCUGAGAAGGAGAAGGCUGGGAAGGAGUUGGCUGAGAAGGAGAAGGCAGAGAAGGAGAGGGUAGAGAAGGAGAAGGCUGAGAAGGAGAAGGCUGAGAAAGAGAUGGCUGAGAAAGAGAAGGCAGAGGCUGAGAAGGCAGUGGCUGAGAAGGUGGAGGCUGAGAAGGUAGAGGGUGAGAAAGAAAAGGCUGUGAAUGAUCAAGAGGAGAAGGUAGAGGGUGAAAGGCAAAUUUCAAUUCAGUACGAGAGAAAAUCGAGAAAGAGAAAUGCAGAAGUACAAGGUGAAGAAGAAGUUGCAGGAGAGGCUCAACAGAAUAAAAAGAUGAAGAUUAUAGGCAAGAAAGGGAAGAAGGGGUCUACUGUGGUCAUUCGGAGUCAUAUAAUGACAAGGCAGAAGAAGGAGCAGAAGAAGGAUUAAGGUUGUUUAUGAGUCAUAUGUGAACUCUUUGUGUUGUUGGUUUUUUGUUAAGUUCGAGUCAUUUUGGUUUGUCUAACUAGGUACACCUGGUUUUU